AUGAAUUCCCUGACUUAUCUGUCACGUCAAUUCGAUGUCCUGGCUUCAGCAAAGACCCCACCAUCUACGCCGACGGCCGCGAAAUCUGCUUUCCUGGAGCAUGCAGCGGGCGAGGGAGCGCUGAAGCGGUCGUGGUCGACGAGGUCCUUCUUCUUUCCACCGCCCCGCAAGCCGGGGAGGGCGUCGCCGCCUCCACGUUCGCAUUCGUCACCAUCGGAAUUCCCUACCCUUGCGUCGUUACGGCCCCGCGCAUCGUCGUCCAAGACAGCGUCGGCAGCCCCCAAGCUGAGCCAGACACGCGUACAGGCGGUGGUGCGGUUCAUUCGUGUAUUUGUAGCCGCAUGGGAUGCACUGUGCUCGACAUGGGUUUCGUUCACGACACGACUGCGCUGGUGGCCCACCUCGGAAGGCUCAAUCCACUUUGAGAUCAGUGAAAAGGGGAAGGAGGUCGCCAGAGACAUUGUCGUCGAAGAGCAUCCGAGCCUCGGCCGACACCAUACAGACCCACCACACGUUGGGAGCCCACUGUCUUCCCAAGUUCAUCCCUCAAGUAAUAAUAAUCCCCCAAAUGACUCUGGUUCCUCAUCGCGAUCCCAGACGCCCAUGCUUACACGCAAACCCCAACGAGUACCUAGGAAGACGCUGGUUCUUGAUCUCGACGAAACCCUCAUACACUCUACGUCCCGCCCGAUGCCCAUGAGCGGAAGCAGCGGGUUCUUUGGAUUUGGCAGACGGAACAACGGACCAGGACACACAGUAGAGGUUAUCUUGGGGGGCAAGCGCACGGUGUAUCAUGUCUAUAAACGACCUUUUGCAGACUUCUUCCUGCGCACGGUAUCAAGUUGGUACACAUUGGUCAUCUUCACGGCAUCCAUGCAAGAGUAUGCAGAUCCUGUCAUUGACUGGCUAGAUGCGGGCCGAGGUAUACUGGGCCGACGCCUAUUUCGCGACUCAUGUACACAACUCCCCAGCGGCACCUACACGAAGGACCUCGCCGUCGUCGAGCAAGACUUAUCUAAUGUAUGCCUAAUCGAUAAUUCGCCUAUCAGUUAUCGUAUCAACGAAGCGAACGGAAUUCCUAUAGAAGGUUGGACAAAUGACCCCGCGGAUGAGGCGUUAUUGGAUUUGCUGCCCGUACUGGAUUCAUUACGGUUCACGAAUGACGUCCGACGCGUACUGAGUCUCCGGACAGCCGGGGGCGUUUCGUUCGCUUCGUAA